GGUAUAAAUUUGACGUCAUUUCCUCUAUGCGCCCUCUUUUUCACCGUGUGGUUAGAUUUCCAUACGGCGUUGUUUCGUGCUCUCCCAAUAAGUCGUUGCUCAAGGGAAAGCGGUCACGAUGUCCGGAGGUCUAGAUGUCCUUCAAAUGAAGGAGGAAGAUGUGCUGAAGUUCCUGGCUGCAGGGACCCAUCUGGGAGGUACCAACUUGGACUUCCAAAUGGACCAGUAUGUCUACAAAAGAAAAAGUGACGGUGUUUACAUCAUUAAUCUGAAGAAGACCUGGGAAAAGCUUCUGCUGGCUGCCAGAGCCAUUGUUGCCAUUGAGAACCCAGCAGAUGUGUGUGUCAUCUCCUCUAGGAACACUGGACAGAGGGCGGUGCUGAAAUUCGCCUCUGCCACUGGCGCUACCACGUUCCACGGUCGCUUCACCCCAGGAACUUUCACCAAUCAGAUCCAGGCUGCCUUCAGGGAGCCGCGCUUGCUGAUUGUGACUGACCCCCGUGCCGACCACCAGCCCCUUACUGAGGCCUCCUAUGUGAACAUCCCCACCAUUGCACUAUGCAACACUGAUUCGCCCCUGAGAUACGUUGACAUUGCCAUUCCCUGCAACAACAAGGGUCACCACUCUGUUGGUCUGAUGUGGUGGAUGCUGGCUAGAGAGGUCCUGAGGAUGAGGGGCACAAUUUCCAGAGAACACCCAUGGGAGGUCAUGCCCGAUCUGUACUUCUACAGGGAUCCUGAGGAGAUUGAGAAGGAGGAACAGGCUGCAGCUGAGAAGGCUGUUGGAAAGGAGGAAUUCCAGGGUGAAUGGAGUGCUCCUGCUGCGGAGUUUGCUCAGCCUGAAGUGGCUGACUGGUCUGAGGGUGUGGCUGUGCCAUCUGUGCCCAUUCAGCAGUUCCCUGCUGCUGCUGCACCUGUCAAGACCGGUGAAGUGUUCUCUGAGGAUUGGAGCACUCAGCCUGCCACAGAGGACUGGUCCACUGCCCCUACUGCCCAGGCAUCCGACUGGGGCGGAGCCACUUCUGACUGGUCUUAAAUUACCAAUGACAACAAUAAAAGUGUUUUACACCCUGA